AUGAACCGACGGGACCCCCCCGCCCCCAGCGACGACCGACCGCCGGCGACCACUGAUACUAGUGCUAGUGCCACCACUGGCGCUAAUGGCGCUAGUGGCGCAAAUGAAGCGCCGCCGGCGCCGGCGCCACCAGCAUCUUCAUCGUCAUCGUCAUCGCCGCCAGCGCCGCGCCGCCACCACGUUGUCCUUGAGUCAGUCGACGACGCCGCCACCAGCGACACCAUCGGCAACGUCUCCGGCGACACCACCAUCGACUCCGCCUCCCUCGCAUCCACCGCCGCCGAGACGGCGACCCUGGCGUUCAGCGCCGACGACCCGCCCGCCAGCGCCGCUAGCGACGCCGCCAGCGCCGACACCACCACUGACGCCACGACGGCGCCCGACGUGGACCGCAGCACCCUGGCUGCCGACGGUGCUCUGACCACUGAUGGCGCCUCGUCGUUCUUUGACCAUCUCAUGGCCAUGGCUCGUUCGUACAACCCCAUUAACGAUAUUUUGGGCACCGGUGCCGGCGUCGGAGCUGGUCCCGGCGCUGGAAGUGCCGACACGCCGCGCCCAGCGCUGCCGGCGCCCGCCCCUGACGACGAUCAGGCGAUUGUCAUAACCGUCAAUUACGUGUUCUCCGACCAAAACAACCCGGACACCCCGAACCGGCUGGGCCUGUUGGUGAUGCUGCUCCCCAACAACCUGCUGAACCGCGAGCCGCUGGCGAUCCAGGAAUUCGUGCGGUUGGCGACGCAGAUGGCGUACCUGAGCAUCUUUGACGGCUCGGGCAACCACUUGUUCCCCGGGCGCGGCAUCACCUUUGACAAGUUCGCCCUGUUCCCGUUUGUCACUCACCUUGACGACGACAACCGCAAGUGCUACAUCUGCUUUGAGGACAUGGAGCUCGGCGCCCGCGAGCCCGAGGCCACUGACGACGCUGCUGCCGCGGGUACUGCUAGCGAAGGCGACCGCACGGUGAAGAAGCGGCGGUUGUACGAUAACACCAGCGAGACGACGUCGCGCGACUCGUUGCUGUCGACAGCGCCGGCGGCGACGGAGAGCGCGGCGCUGCGGGCCCUGACCACUCUGGGGGACGGCGCCAACACCACUGAUGGUGCCAACAGCAGCGGUAGCGCUACUGGCGACUCGGGGCGCCCGCCCAAGUACCUCUGCGACCACCGCGAAGAGUUUGCUCACGUCGCUAUUGAGCUCCCCUGCCACCACGUGUUUGGCCGCAGCUGCUUGCUGGAGUGGCUCAAGGACCACGCCACCUGCCCCCUCUGCCGGGAGAAGCUCGAGGAGCCGCGGCUGCUGCCGUUUACUUCGGGGUCGCUGGGGUUCACGUUGUUCCAGUUCCCCCAGUUCCCCGCCCGCAAUACCCCGAAUCUGACUUCUGCUAAUGCUCAAAACGACACCACCUCCGCCGCUCCCGGCGCCGGCGCCGCCGCUAGCGAGUUCGGCCUCGACUUUCUUACGGCGUUGUCAGGUGGCCGUCUGGGGGACGCGGCGCCGCUGCCUCGUGGUCGCGACGGCGCCACCACCAGCACUCGCCGUGGACGGGGCCUCCUAGGGCGCAUGCUUCGUCUCGGCGAGCUUGACGUGCCUGAAUCGUCGCCGCCGCCGCCGCCGCCUCCGCGCUCGGCGGACGCCGGCUCAUCUUCAUCCUCAUCGUCAUCUACCCGUCCCGCCUCGACGCGGGCGCCGUCGAUCAUCCUGGUGCUCCCCUUUGGCCCUCCGCCGCUGGCGCUCUUCCCGCAAGGGGUGUCGCUGAGACGGACGCCGCAGGGUGUCGAGACCACCGAGGACAAUGGCCAGCUGCCGCCGCCGCUCCCGCCGCGCCAGUGGCGCCGUCGCCGCGACUCCGAGUCCCGCGACGGUGAUGACUCGUAA